AUGGAUUUGCCUGGAAGGCCGGCUGCUUUUUGCAGUGCCCAAGAGCAAGUCUCCCCCGCACCUCGGGCCAAGGGCUGUCUGCUAACUCGAUAUAUAGAGGGCCGCCUCCAGCAAGCUUCAAUCGAUCUCCUGGACGGCUCAGACAUCCAAUUCCGCCGUGAACACCGUCUGGAUAUCGCCUUGGUGAAGAAUCUUCCGGUUGCCCUCAUCUUUCUCCCCGCAGCAGAUAUACCUACCUUCGUUGGAGAAGGUCGUGUUGAUUUAGGUAUCACCGGACAAGACCAGGUCGCCGAACAUGAUACCCGUCAUCCGCCAGGCCAAAAAUCUGGCGUAGAGGAGAUUCUCGACCUUGCCUUCGGAGGAUGCAAGCUACAGGUCCAGGUCCCAGAGAAGGGCCCGAUCACUGAUUCCAAGGAACUCGUUGGGAAGAACGUGGUUACGAGCUUCACUGCCCUUGCGCGAGCUUACUUUGCUAAGCUAGAGGGCGUAGAGCAAAAGGAGGAUGGGACAUUCGACCUAAAGACCAAGAUCAAGUAUGUCGGUGGCAGUGUAGAGGCUGCCUGUGCUUUGGGAGUAGCAGAUGGAAUCGUCGAUCUCGUCGAAUCCGGUGAAACCAUGAAAGCAGCUGGCCUCAAGGCCAUCGACACACUCGUCAGCAGUAACGCUGUAUUGGUCAAAUCACGAAACACCACUAACCCACUCGUGGACCUUAUCGUCGCAAGAAUACGUGGUGUUAUCACUGCCAAGAAAUACGUGCUCUGCCAGUACAACAUUCCUCGACACAUCCUACAGAAAGCCUCAACCAUCACGCCUGGCAAACGCGCACCAACAGUUACUACUUUGGAAGAGGAGGGCUGGGUCGCUGUCAGCGCCAUGGUAGAGAAGAAGCAGAUCGCAACUGUGAUGGACGAGCUAUCGGCUGCUGGUGCAACUGAUAUCCUCGUAGUAAGUAUUGCAAACUCGAGGACCACGCCAUGA